AUGUGGACACAAGAGAUUCAGUGCAGAGGAAACGAGUCUCAGAUUCAACUCUGUCCAACAUCCUCACACAAAAACAGCUGUUCACAUGAUAAUUACCAGGGGCUGUUCUGUGCUGAUAAAAAGAAUGUGAGGUUGGUUGGUGGUCACAGUCGCUGUGCUGGUAGAGUGGAGGUUUUUCAUAGAGGUCAGUGGGGAACAGUGUGUCAUUAUUCCUGGGAUAUGACUGAAGCUGCAGUGGUGUGUAGAGAGCUGGACUGUGGAGAACCUGUAGAUGCUCUGGGUGGUGCUCAUUUUGGGCAAGGAUCAGGACCAAUCUGGAUGGUUGGUGUGUUUUGUACCGGAUCAGAAUCAGCAUUGAAGAACUGUGGGUCAGCAGGAUGGGGUAAACAUUCAUGUACUCACAUUUAUGAUGCCGGUGUCAUCUGCUCAGGUCAUAAAGCUUCCAGACUCUUUAAUGGAUCUCACCUCUGCUCUGGGAGGUUAGAGGUGUUUCAUAAUCAGACGUGGGUUUCAGUGUGUGCUGCUGCCUUUGACCAGCAGGAUGCAGAGGUUGUGUGUAGAGAGCUGGACUGUGGGGCUCCUGUACAGGUGCUGGGAGAAGAUGCUUUUGGCAAAGGAGAUGCUCAGAUGUGGACACAAGAGAUUCAGUGCAAAGGAAAUGAGUCUCAGAUUUCAUUUUGCUCAAUAUCAUCAUCACACAAAAACAGCUGCACCAGUGACAAUAAUGUGGGACUGAUCUGUUCAGGUUACACAGAGGCCAAACUGAUGAACGGUUCAGACUCUUGUUCUGGAAGAGUGGAGCUUCGGUUCAUCAGUAAAUGGGGCACAGUGUGUGAUGCAUGCUGGGAUAUGAGAGCUGCCAGUGUCCUCUGUAGACAGUUGAAUUGUGGGAUUGCUGUGUCUGUUGUGGGAUCGGACUGGUUUGGAGAGGGAAGUGGUGAAAUCUGGGCUGAUGUGUUUGAUUGUGACGGGAAUGAAACAAAACUCUCAGAAUGUUCCAUCUCUUCAUGGAGUCGAGCUGAAUGUUCUCAUAGACGAGAUGUUGGAGUCAUCUGCUCUGAUUCCUCUCUGGCUGUUCAUGAUGGUCUGGUGCGGUUGUCUGGAGAGAGACAGUGUGAGGGGGAGGUGGAAGUUUCCAUCCAUCAGAUCUGGAGGAGAGUUCUGCUGGACUCCUGGAGUCUCACUGAAUCCUCUGUGGUCUGCAGACAGCUGGGCUGUGGCUCUGUGCUGAACUUCUCCGGCUCCUCUUCAUCCAGUCCUGAACACAUUCAUGAGUGUGUGACGGGCUUCCAGUGCUCUGGGAGUGAAGCUCAUCUGGGGAAAUGCAGCUCUCCACAAACUCUCAACUGCAGCUCCACACAACAGCUGUCAAUCACCUGCCUUGGUCACGGGUCCAUCAGGCUGGUGGGUUCUGGGGGAGACUGUGCAGGGAGGCUGGAGGUUUUUCACAGCGGCUCAUGGGGGACAGUGUGUGAUGACUCCUGGGAUAUUAAAGAUGCCCAUGUGGUGUGCAGACAGCUGCAGUGUGGAGUGGCCCUCAGUAACCAGCAGGUACCAGCCUGGUUUGGUCCUGGUUCUGGACCCAUAUGGCUGGAUGAGGUGGAGUGUGAGGGGAAUGAGACGUCCCUGUGGAGCUGCUCUUCUCCAGGCUGGGGAAAACAUGACUGUCAACACAAGGAGGAUGUAGGAGUCGUGUGCUCAGAGUUUAAAGAGAUCAGGUUAACUGAGGGCUGUGAAGGGAAUGUAGAGGUUUUCUACAAUGGAUCCUGGGGUAAUGUGUGCUGGAACCAGAUGGACAGAGACACAGUGAGUCUGAUCUGUCAGGAGCUGAACUGUGGAAGAUCUGGAGUUUUUUCCAGUUCUAUACCAAGAGUGGAAUCAGCUCCUAACUGGCUGGAUGAAGUGAAAUGUCGACCACAUGAUUCAAAUGUGUGGCAGUGUCCAUCUUCACCCUGGGGACAGAAUGACUGUGGUGAAGAUGAAGUGGCUAAAAUCUUCUGUUUGGAACAGGAGAGUCAUGAGUCUCCUAGAAGCUCUUUGUCAUGCUCCACAUCUCCACAUCAGAGACAGUGUUCAGAUCAUGUUCCUCUCAGACUGAGUGGAGGGGAGGGCCGGUGCUCUGGGAGGCUGGAGGUGUAUCAUAACGCUGUGUGGGGCUCAGUCUGUGAUGAUCUGUGGGACAUCAGCGAUGCUCAGGUGGUCUGCAGACAGCUGGAUUGUGGAGCAGCACUGAGGGCUGAUGGGAAUUCAGUCUUUGGUGCUGGUAAAGGUGUUGUGUGGCUGAACAGAGUCGAGUGCAGAGGGAAUGAGAUUCACCUGUGGGACUGUCCUCUCUCCCUGAAGAACCACACUGACUGCUCCAACAAAGAGCACGCUGGACUCACCUGUGCAGAUUUGCCAGAUUUGUCAGUGUCCACUACUCCUGCCACAACAUCAUCAUCUUCUCCUCCAGUUUCUCAGACAGUGAGCUCAACAUCAGUCUCUCGUUCACAAACUCCUCCGUCUCUCUCUGUGCUUGUGAUUGUACUGGGAGUUGUGCUCUUACUGCUCUUAGUGCCACUGCUUAUACUGAUUCAGCAGAACAGAGUGAUGAGGAGAGCUCUCUCUAAGAGGAGACACAGGAGCACGACUGAGGCCGUUUAUGAGGAGAUUCAUCACAGACCUACUAACAGACACAGUGUCUUCUCUCAGAGGGGAAGUGUCCUUUCUACCGAACAGCAUUCUGGGUAUGAAGAUGCUGAUGAGCUUCUUUCAGCAAAACCUGCAGUAGGAAUGAAGACUGACUACUAUAACGAUGUCACCACCACUGAAGGGCCAACAGAUGACUUAGCAGAAAACUAUGAUGAUGUUGUCAUCGUACAGCAGUUCUCCAAUGAUAAAAAAGAGGAUGUUCAGGAGGAGUAUGAUGAUGUGAAGAACAUCAUGGAAUGAGUGACAUGUUUGACUAUGAUGAUGUGGAGGAAGAUCCAGGAAAACAUGGAAGGGUUGUAUAACUCAAACCACACCCACCACCUCAAAUCAAAGUUUUUAAGUGGUCUGCAGAGUUUGUGUUUAAGAUCCUAUACACUGUUUUUUUUUUUCCUGAUGUUUUUGCAGGUCAUGCAUCUUCUUCUUCUUCUUCUUCUUUUUUGUUUGGUAGUUCAUAAGAAAAAAAAAAAGUUCUUUUAGCUUUAAGCCGCCACAACC